GUAGAGCCAGGCAAGGCCCCGUCUACGCUGUUGUUGUCAUCAACAGAACAAAAUAUACGCUGUUAGGACAUCAUCAUGAUGACAGUCAUUGCACUUUGUCUAGUCAUUGGCUACCUAAAACAUACGGAUAUAUAUGCUGCAGGUGAAUAUUUAAACUUUAAAAAAAAAAAAAAAAAAAAAAUUUUUAAAAAAAAAAUAAAAAAAAAAAAAUAAAAAAAUAAAAAAAGAGAGAGGAAAAAAUUUAUUAAAAAAAAAAAACUUUGUCUAGUAAUUGGCUACCAAAAACAUACGGAAAUAUAUGCUGCAGGUGAAUAAUUAAACUUUAAAAAAAAAAAAAAAAAAAAUAAUUUUUAAAAAAGCAAUUAAGAUGAAACAUUUAUAGAUUGAAAAGUGGAGAUGCAACAAUUUCAUUAAAAAAAAAUAAUACAAAUUUAAUUUUUAAAAAAGCAAUUAAGAUGAAACAUUUAUAGAUUGAAAAGUGGAGAUGCAACAAUUUCAUUAAAAAAAAAUAAAUUAUGAACUUGUUUCGGAUUUUGCUCAUAACUUUUCAUAAACACUCUGGAGAAAAGGCAAAUAAAAGAUGAAGUAGGCCUAUUAUAUAAACUUCAGCAUCAGACAGAGUAGCUAUUUCACGUGUUGAUGAUUCAAACGUAAAAUCUCUCGGAUUUACUCAUGAACAUAAUGAAGACAAACAAUUGCUCUUUUAGAUCUAAAAGUGAAGUAAACAACGCUUUAAACACUGACACACGAAUGGUUUUCUUGCGUUUUCAAUAAUGUUUUACAAUGUGUGGUCAAUCUGCGGACAGAUUAUGAAAAGACUUAGCGGGAUUGUGGUCAAUCUGCGGACAGAUUAUGAAAAGACUUAGCGGGAUUGUGGUCAAUCUGCGGACAGAUUAUGAAAAGACUUAGCGGGGUUAAACCGUUUUUUUUCUUAAACGAGCACCGGCUUCCUCUUGUGCUGUGGUAAAUUAUCCAGUAAACUAAUCCAAGGAUAAGUAGCCACGUCAGAACUAAAGCAGGGACGUUCGGUUGCUAGUAUCUCAAUUUAAGUAAAUGAUAAUUUAAGGUUUUAUAUUUUUUCCCAAUUUUGAAAAUGGGGGGGGGGGGGGGGAGGUGGGGGGUAGGCUUUGAGUUUAGGGAUCAUGGUAAGAUAAGACAUUAGUAAAUUGUAGAAGUUUUUAUUUCCUGAGGAUUUCUUCCAGGAUGUGUAACUUAGUUUAUAAGACACAGACUUAACCAAGGUCGGCCAACAAAUUAGUUAAUAAGACACAGACUAAACCGAGGUCGGCCAACAAAUUAGUUUAUAAGACACAGACUUAACCAAGGUCGGCCAACAAAUUAGUUUGUAAGACACAGACUUAACCAAGGUCGGCCAACAAAUUAGUUUGUAAGACACAGACUUAACCAAGGUCGGCCAACAAAUUAGUUUAUAAGACACAGACUAAAUCGAGUCAGCCAACAAUUUAGUUUAUAAGACACAGACUAAAUCGAGUCAGCCAACAAUUUAGUUUAUAAGACACAGACUAAACCGAGGUCAGCCAACAAAUUAGUUUAUAAGACACAGACUAAACCGAGGUCAGCCAACAAAUUAGUUUAUAAGACACAGACUAAGCCGAGGUCAGCCAACAAAUUAGUUUAUAAGACACAGACUAAGCCAAGUUCGGUCAGCAAAUUAGUUUAUAAGACACAGACUAAGCCAAGUUCGGCCACUCUAAGCCAGUGGUUCUCAACCCUCCGGAUGCCGCGACCCUUUAAUAUAGUUCCCCAUGUUUUGGUGACCCUCCAACCCUAAAAAUAUUUUCGUUGCUACUCCAUAAUUGUACAGUAUAUGUUUAUUUUUCUGAUGGUCUUAGGUGACCCCUGUGCAAGGGUCGUUCAACACACCCCCCCCCCCCAGCCCUCAAGGGGUCGCGACCCACAGGUUGAGAACUGCUGCUCUAAGCGGACGCAGAACAUUUUUUCUUUGUUUUCCGCAAGAUUUGUUUAUGGUUAAGUAACUACCGUACCAAUAAACAUGACAAUGACCUUUGAAAAUGUCUCUCUAUUAAUUAUAUUUUCAUGUGACAUGAACCCUUCUGGGCUCUCGGUUGGGAACUUCUGACAUCUCACGGUUUGUUUUUUUUUUCGCCAUAAAGUUUAUCGAAUAAGUUUUCGUUUAAAAAAAAACAACCAAAAAAAUAACAUAAAUAACACACAAAUAACGUGAAGCCUUUCCUUACCCCCAAACCCGAAAGAGCUCUUUAGCGGCAGCGAUAAAAACCCAAGGUUUGGAAACACUAACUUCCCAUUACCCAUACUUAAAAAUCUUUCUGACAGUUCAAUUUGAUUUCAUCAAAACGCAGAGCGAAGUAAAGCUAAGUUAAGCAUUAGCAGAAAUACAUCACUGCAAUUUAAAUUUAUUAAGAAGGGUUCUGUUGAGGGGCACACUGAGCGCCCCCCCCCCACCAACUUCAUCCCACUUCUACUUGGGAGUCUUCAGCGCUCUCGAUAUCGGCAAGUAUUUAUCUAUUAACCUAAAUAUUUAAAUAAGUAGGUUUAUAGUGUUAUUGGUCAUCUAAACCAGUGGUUCCCAAACGUUUAAGUUUGGCGGACCGGUGAGCAAGUUUCGAAAUUUUAACCAGGGACCGGUGCAUGAUUUAUUUUUAUACUUUUAUUUCUAUUUGACAAUAAAUAUUUAUGUUAUGGGGACCGGCAGCGUUAUGCAUGUGGACCGGUGAAGGUCCACGGACUGCCAUUUGAGGACCACUGAUCUAAAUCCUCGAGAGGUGCACUCGACCCCCCCCCCCCCCCAUCUCUCGUGGCCAAAGUUGAUUUUAUGCGAACUGCUGUUUAGCGUUUAUUUUGGAGGGUGGGGGAGGGGGCAGCAAAUUCAAGAGCCGCCAUGGGCUGCACAAUAUAGCUACUUCACUGUGUGUAUAGUUUUUCCAUAACAUUACUUGAAUAUUUCAGAGAGACAUACGGUAGGGGCCCGAGGCCAUUAUUUUGCCCAGGGGCCCCCGUUGCUGUUAAGACCGCCCUGAGCCACUAAGGUCUGAUUGUAGCUAUCAAUUCUCAAAUGUCUCCUUUCAAUUAUGUUACACCAGCUCAAGAAUUCGACGGUGGCAAUGUUACAGAGGCCAACUACUACGCUAUGGUAGCUUCAUGUGAGUAAGUACAUGUUUUAAGUAGAAUAUAGCUAUCUAAUCAAAGUGGUUUAAGUACAUAGUCACGAGGCACAGUCGAUUACAAUUACAUGAUUUAUUUAAAUUACUAAUUAUUCGUAGCCGAUACCAUUUUACGAUGCAUAAUUAAUGCGUAAGCGGAAAAAUACUUUGUAAAGUAAAUAACUUUAUUUAUUUAUCGACAACUGUUAAAGAUAAUUAAUUACACUAUAGGGUCUACUCUUUUUCGAAUAUUUUAAAUUGCUUUCAGCUGAAUACAGCGCCGAUGGGGUAGUACCAGUGGCACCCUUCGGGUACAGACCAGGGGUGGCGACCAGCACCAACAGCUGCCAGUUUGUAAGGGGGGUACCCAACAAUUUACGGAGCCACAGUGAAAUGAAGCCGGCUGGCCUGAGCAUGUUCUACCAGAAGUACACGGAGGCCUAUGGAAUACCUGUAGUCUGUAUGUAGUAUAUAAGAACAUAAGGAUAUGCUUACCUGUAGUCUGUAUGCAAUAUACAAUAUACACGAACAUAAGGAUAUGGUUACCUGUAGUAUGUAUGUAGUAAACAAGAGCAUAAGGAUAUGCUUAUACCUGUAGUAUAUAUGUAGUACGCAAGAACAUAAGGAUAUGCUUACCUGUAGUCUGUAUGUAGUAAACAAGACCAUAAGGAUAUGCUUACCUGAAGUCUGUAUGUAGCAUUCAAGAACAUAAGGCUAUACUUAACUGUAGUCUGUAUGUAGCAUGCAAGAACAUAAGGAUAUGCCUACCUGUAGUCUGUAUGUAAUGGUUACCGGAAAUUUGAUCGAAAGAAAUUUCGUCGACGGUAAAUUGAUCGACGGAAAUUUAAUCGAAUAAAAAUUUGGUCGAAUCUUUUUUUUUCAGUUCACACGUUCAUAUUUUCGUUAAAUUUCUUUUUGAUCGAACUAUACUAUAAAGUAAAACAAAAUAAUGAUUUCAAAAAGAUAUUUGAAGCAACAUUUUAACGUAAAAACUGAAAAAAGUUUCGACCGAAUUUCCGUUCGAUCAAUUUACCGUCGACGAAAUUUCUUUCGAUCAAAUUUCCGGACACGGUAUGUCAUACAUCAAACUUAGUGAUACCUGUUGUCUGUAUGUCAUAUAAAGCAGAUGGGUACACAAAAAGUGUAGCGUACAACGCACAGGAAUACCUGUAGUAUGUGUCACCAUAUGUGGCAUCCUUCCGUCUUCGUGAGACGAUGGAGUAGCUAAUGUAGUAUGUAGUCCUACACUUGGACAGCUGCCAGUUUGUAAGGGGGGUACCCACGAAUUUACGGAGCCACAGCCACAGUGAAAUGAAGCCGGCUGACCUGAGCAUGUUCUACCAGAAGUACACGGAGGGCUAUGGAAUGUAUGUGUCAUUAUAUAUAAAUAUUAUGAAUACAUGUAGUCCUGUAAUGUAAUAUACAGCACACAGUGACAGCUGUAGGAUGCACCUGCAUGACGGUGUGCAAUUCUGACGCAUGAAUUCUGUUUAUUAAAUUUAAUUCUUUGUUCCGUCUCACCAGCCAGCAUGUACGUACCAGAUGACGCGUUACGACGCGCGUGUUACACCCUGCGCUUCCUGCUGGCCGGUCACGCGGUGGUCAGGCAAUCGUUCUACAUUUUGUCCGGACGAGUUGCCGUGCUCAGCAGGUAUGAGGGGACGACGUCCAUUCCAGAACACAGCAAUCUCCCCGCCUGGUGGAACAUCCGGGCACGCGGGCUGGGGGCAACGACUCACGCCCCCGUGUCUUCAAGUGGGGAGGAGAAUAUUCUGUGCAGCGAGUGAGGCUUUCUUAUAAAUAUUUAUAUCCUAAUACCUGCCAAUCAAGACUCUCGUAUAUCCUAAUACCUGUCAAUCAAGACUCUCGUAUAUCCUAAUACCUGCCAAUCAAGACUCUCGUAUAUCCUAAUACCUGCCAAUCAAGACUCUCGUAUAUCCUAAUACCUGUCAAUCAAGACUCUCGUAUAUCCUAAUACCUGUCAAUCAAGACUCUCGUAUAUCCUAAUACCUGUCAAUCAAGACUCUCGUAUAUCCUAAUACCUGUCAAUCAAGACUCUCGUAUAUCCUAAUACCUGUCAAUCAAGACUCUCGUAUAUCCUAAUACCUGUCAAUCAAGACUCUCGUAUAUCCUAAUACCUGUCAAUCAAGACUCUCGUAUAUCCUAAUACCUGCCAAUCAAGACUCUCGUAUAUCCUAAUACCUGCCAAUCAAGACUCUCGUAUAUCCUAAUACCUGUCAAUCAAGACUCUCGUAUAUCCUAAUACCUGUCAAUCAAGACUCUCGUAUAUCCUAAUACCUGUCAAUCAAGACUUUCUUAUAUCCUAAUAUCAAGACUUCCUAAUAUCUGUCAAUCAAGACGGUCUUAUCUCCUGUCUAUCAAGACGUUCUAUCUCCAUGUAUCUGUCAAUCAAGACUUUCUUAUAUCCUAAUAUCUGUCAUUUAAGGCUUUUAUUCUCUCCUUGAAGCUGUCCAUCAAUCAUUUUCUUAUCUACUUUUAUCUGCCAAUCAAGACUCUCUAUAGACUGGUUUUGUGUACAAACUAUUUUUAGGACUUGGCGUAAAAGUCAUUUCAUAUCAACGGUUCAACAAUUUAGUUUCCUCCUCAAUGCAUGUCCUCUAGUCCUCAAUGCAUGUCCUCUAGCCCUCAAUGCAUGUCCUCUAGCCCUCAAUGCAUGUCCUCUAGUCCUCAAUGCAUGUCCUCCAGUCCUCAAUGCAUGUCCUCUAGCCCUCAAUGCAUGUCCUCUAGUCCUCAAUGCAUGUCCUCUAGCCCUCAAUGCAUGUCCUCUAGUCCUCAAUGCAUGUCCUCUAGCCCUCAAUGCAUGUCCUCUAGUCCUCAAUGCAUGUCCUCAAAGCCUCACAACAUGGUAGGGUCAAGUGUCUUCUUAAAUUUUCACAGAUAACUUAACAUCAUGAACUCGAAUAAUUUAGGUAGUCAGUAGGAAAUAGGAACUCAAGGCGGAUCUUUGAGGGGUUGUUGUUUUUUUUGAGUGCCUCAAAUGCAACCCAAAAGCUUUUUGAGUGACAACCCAAAUAGUAGAUUUAGAAGGCCGCCUGUUGCCCAUUUGAAAUCUCCCAAGACUUAUUAAUAAUGCUAUUCAUUAGGCCGAGUCCCUUUAUUAGCUCCUUCUGCUUCCAUGGGCCCACGUUCUGGAACCAGCUCCCCUUCCAUAUACGUCAUAGUGAAACCUCGUCCAUUUUCAAAAAGUCCCUUAAAACUCAUCUGUUUAGGUCCGCCUAUGACCUGUGAUGCACCCUCCUUGCCCUGCCUCAUUUUCUGUUUAGGGUUGAUCCUGAAGUGUCAAAGUGUCCUCGUUUUAUAGCCAUUUUCAUUGUUUCUAUAGUAUAGUAGUUACUAUCCUAGUGUCUCAUUUUUAUUUACUUAGUUUACAUGUUUUAAUAAUUGUAAAGCGCUUAGAGCUUUAUGAUAAGCGCUAUAUAAAAAUGCCUAAAUAAAUAAAUAAAUAAAUAAAUACAGUGAAGCCCUCACACUAAAGUUACACCUUAACUCCCCCUAUCUGCCAUCCAUCUCCUCCCCAGCAACGACUGGUACAGGGAGCAAGACAUUUUUCUGCACGAGGCGUCACACGGAGUUCACCUAUUGGGUAAACAAGUCAAUGAUUGCAUAGGAAUAGCAUUACAUUAUCUUUAAAUUUGGCCUAGAAUUUCCGCGCAGCAUACCGCCAAGAUUAACACGUACACCGCUCUCAUGUCAAUUGUCUAUACAGGCGCCGUGUUUGCCAUCCCUGGUUGGGACCAGAGACUUAGAAGGCUGUUCAACGAAUCCAAGUCUCGUGGCCUGUGGGCAAACACGUACAGCAUGGCGUCACCUGAGGAAUAUUUUGUAAGUAAUGCUAAAUAAAAAAAAGAAAAAGAAGACCAAAAACAAUAACUAAUUUAUCAAAUCUUUAAAUAUUAAUCACACAAUUUUUGCCAAAUCACUUCUAUUAUAAGUCUGUAACACCCCUCUCCCCCCCCCCCCCCCCCCCCCCCCCCCUCCCCCGCAACCGUUUAGGCGGAAGGUACGCAGAGCUACUUUAACGUGAAUUCCUACGUGCCUGUCCCGGACGGCGUGCGUGGCCCAAUCAACGACCGGAACAAGCUGAUGACCUACGACCCCCAGCUGUACAGCAUGAUCAGAGAGAUCUUCCCUUGUGAUAAUGUCUAUCUCAAACGGUGCUUUACAAGCAGAGGUGAUUAUCGGAGUCAUUUCGUUAUUCUUUACGUUUUCUUCAUUUGUUUCCCAUAAAAUAGGCCAUUAUUAAGUACUGAUCUCUACACUAUUUAAAAAAAAAAAAAAGAUUUUUUUUUUUUUAAAUACUAAGUUUUUUGGAAAAAAUGCUAGUCUACUUUUAUAUUCAAAUUUAGAAGAAAAAAAAAUUCCCCUUCCAUUUAAUUUAAAUUGAUUUAUCAUUUUUGGGAAAAAAAUUUUUUUUUUUUUUUUUUAAAUUUUGCCUUCACAAUACAUUUUUUUUUUUUUUACUGCUAUGGCUUUGUUGAGAAAGUAAAGCCGUAAAACAAAACACAACUUUUAUAACGGUGGUUAAACCGUAUUAUCUAUCGUGAAUCUUUGAUCACCAACAAGUAUUUAUAGAACAAGGGUUGUUGGGGUAAGGUAGUAUACCCGAAAAUUCAACACAACAUGUUGGCAACGGGAACGCGUCUAAGCGCCAAGUUUCAGCUCAAUGGGAUGACGGGAAAAGGGUCAGUUAGCUUUCUGAAAAUAUUUUGCUCAAAGAAACACAUAACCAAUCGAACGAAGGAUUUAAAAUGCUUAAAUAUGUUUUUUUUUAAAUAAAAAAAAAACUUUCUAUCAAAGACAAGUUAUGAACGCACCUAAAAGUGAAUUGAUUUACAUUUCUCAAUAAAUGCCUUACACAGUAAGACUGUCCAGAAGUGUAGAUGAGCGCUCUAUGUAGGCAAAGGAUUUGAACUGAAUACAGACAAAAGCUAAAUGUUUUAUUGUUAUUUAUUUUUUAAAAAUAAUUCUGCACAGACUUUCUUCUUUUGUUUCGUUUACACAGUGCUAUUAAAUUAUCACCCAUGAUAUCUAUACAGUGCUAUUAAAUUAUCAUCUAUGAUAUCUACACAGUGCUAGAAGAAAAACAUAAAUAAAUCAAUAUGUGUUUUACUUAUAUCACCACUUGACAGUACAGGAAGACAGACAAGUUCUUCAAAUGGACUGUGACCAGACAGCACCCGUGGGCCCUGGUAAGUGA